AUGGAAUGGAAUGACUACAAGCUUAAGUGGAAUCCCGAUGACUACGGCGGUGUGGAGACUUUGCAUGUGCCUUCAGAACACAUAUGGCUACCAGACAUCGUAUUGUAUAAUAACGCUGACGGUAACUACGAAGUGACAAUCAUGACAAAAGCAAUCCUUCACCACGACGGGAAAGUGGUUUGGAAACCGCCAGCUAUCUACAAGUCGUUCUGCGAAAUCGACGUAGAAUACUUCCCGUUUGAUGAACAAACGUGCUUUAUGAAGUUCGGGUCUUGGAGUUACGAUGGUUAUAUGGUGGACCUUCGCCAUUUGAAACAGACGCCAGACUCCGAUCGCAUAGGAAUGGGCAUAGAUUUAUCCGAGUACUACAUCUCAGUAGAAUGGGAUAUAAUGCGGGUCCCUGCCACGAGAAAUGAAAAAUUUUACUCCUGCUGUGAAGAACCGUACCCUGAUAUCAUAUUCAAUAUCACCCUUCGGAGGAAAACCCUGUUCUACACGGUCAACCUAAUCAUUCCUUGCGUCGGGAUCUCGUUCCUUUCAGUUCUCGUGUUCUAUUUACCUUCAGACUCUGGAGAAAAAAUCUCACUCUGUAUUUCUAUCCUUCUGUCGUUGACCGUGUUUUUCUUACUGUUGGCAGAAAUUAUUCCACCGACAUCACUAACAGUACCCUUGUUAGGAAAAUAUUUGUUAUUCACUAUGAUGCUAGUUACCUUAUCAGUAGUUGUCACUAUCGUGGUGCUAAACAUAAAUUUUAGGUCACCAGUCACCCACCAUAUGGCCCCGUGGGUGCGGAAAGUCUUCAUAGAUUUUUUACCCAAAAUAUUGUGUAUACAAAGACCAGAAAAACCACCUGAUGACGAUGACGAUAACGAUAAACCUACCGAGAUACUAACUGACGUGUUCGGUCCGGAUGACGACGGGAAGUUUAAAGAAUGGGGUUGUGAAGAAUAUGAACUACCAGGAAUGCCUCCCUCCCCACCGCCCCCUCCGGGGGGCGACGAUGAGCUAUUUUCUCCACCACCUGGAUCUCCUUGUCGCUUAGACCUAGAUGACGGUAGUCCAUCUCUAGAGAAACCUUAUGUAAGAGAAAUGGAAAAGACUAUAGAAGGAUCUAGAUUUAUUGCACAGCACGUCAAAAAUAAGGAUAAGUUUGAAAGUGUGGAGGAUGACUGGAAGUAUGUGGCAAUGGUAUUGGAUAGAAUUUUCCUGUUCGCGUUCACGAUAGCCUGUGUGCUCGGUACAGCGCUAAUCAUCUUCAGGGCGCCUACAUUCUAUGACAACACGAAGCCGAUCGACAUUCUAUAUUCAAAGAUUGCCAAGAAGAAGUUGGAGCUGCUAAAGAUGGGUUCCGAAGGGGACCCGGGUCUCUGA